AUGUCCAGACCGAACUCAUAUGCGUCUCAUGCCGACCCUGCGAGUUCCCAGCAGGCCUGGGACUCGAAUCCUCCCACCUUUGCUGCCUUUUCUCCCACUUCAGCCUCUGGAUACUCCGCUACCUCAAAGCAGAGGUCUACGGUGAUAGUCCACAAGAAAUCUCCGCUUCUGGUAGCAACACCACCACAGAUCACUCGGGCUUUGGCCCAUUCGCACCCGUUCCUUCUUCCUCUGAAUAAGUUGAUGGGACUAUUGUCCUGGAGCACACAAGAUCCAUGGGAGUCGUAUCUCUUUGUUGCAACAUUUUGGGCUGUCACGCUCUAUGGCGGUGAAAUCAUUCGACUCGCGAGCCCCAUUCUGGUGGUGGUUGCUCUUAUUCUAGGAAUGUACUCAAGGCGAUAUUCUCCAUUAUCUUCCACCUCCAAGACCGGGGACAAACGACCGUCCAAAGGAGAUCGGUCCGAGUCCCAGAGCUCUGCUACUCCACAUCACAAAACCCUUGAUGAGAUUGUUGAUACCCUACAGGAGUUUACAGCUCGAUGUAAUAUUCUUCUCGAACCGUUCAUCAAGUUGACCGAUUUUCUGUCCACCCAGACCACUCCUACCGCAGCAACAACUCGCCCCGCUUUGACCACUUUAUUCAUUCGAGUCCUUCUCGUGACCCCAUUCUGGAUCUUUUUGACAUUACCACCAUUCUAUAUCCUAACUUCUCGAAGAGUCAUCUUGACUGUAGGCACUGUAAUCCUCACCUGGCAUUCAAGACCUGCGCGGGUAUCUCGAGUGAUUCUCUGGCGUUCGGUCUUGAUGCGCAAGGCCGCAGCAUUCGUCACAGGGUUGGAUUUGGAUACGUCGCCGCGGGCAGGGUCGGAUUCUCUCCUUCGCACAGCCCUGAGAUCUAGGAAAAAGUCACAGGCCGGUAUCGCUUCAGAGUUUGCUACAAAACGUCGACCUGACUCAUCUGGGGUCCGAUUUACAUUUAUCAUCUAUGAAAACCAGCGUCGCUGGCUCGGUCUGGGAUGGACGACUUCACUUUUCGCUUAUGAGCGUGGUCCCUGGACCGACGAGCAGCUCAAUCCAGCACCAUCAAAGGACGAAUUCGAACUGCCCUCCGUCGAUGGAGGGUUAGCCAGGUGGAGGUGGGUGGAUAAAUCCGAAUGGCGGAUAGAGCAUGGCGAUCUGAAACAACACAAACGAAAUGCGAGUCAGUCCAAGACAGGAGCCGCCGGUACGUCAGGCAAAGAGACGGGAGAAGAUGGUGGUGGGUGGAUCUAUUACGACAAUAAAUGGGAUGAUGGCAGGAGGGAAGACGGAUGGGGCAGGUACACUAGACGGAGGAAAUGGUAUCGAGAUGCUGAGCUGGUUGAAGCAACACCGAGUGUUGAGCCAAGCCGCAGUGGCACGCCUACACAGGUCUCGGAUCCCGAAGAAGAGAAAAUCAAGAAAGCAAAAGACUUUGCCAAAGGCGUCAGUGGACCGGAGAAAACACCGACGCCCUCACAGCAGAGCGAGAAACCUGUAUCGGUGCACUCCAAAACCGAAGAUGAUGCCAACAAGCCAAAAAAGAGCGGAUGGUUUUCCUCGAAGCGUGACAGAAGUGACAGCAAGAGUAGCAGCGGGAAGAAUACUGGACGGUUUAGCGCAACAAGCCAGAGAAGUCGUGAGGAUCCCGACGAAGAUGUCCUGGAUAAAUACAGAGACAACCCUGGAGGCCAUAGGUCGUUCAGUGUCCAAGAAGAUAUUGUCAUGAGUCUAGGGUAG